GAGCGUCUUUGCUGCUAAAGUUGCACGCUUGCAGUGCGGUGUCGACAUUUCCGUGCAGGCUACAAUGGAUCGUAGAAGCAAACCUGCGGCGUCUAGUGGUGCCGGCGAUGAGACGCAGAGCAUCUAUCGAAUUCCACCAUAUUUCUAUCUGCACGUUCUUGAUCAGAACACCAACAUGACCCGUGUCGAAUUGGGGCCAAAGACCUUCAUUCGUCAAGACAACGAGAAGGUCAUUGUCGGACCGGAGAAGAUGAUCACCGUGCCACCGCGUCACUACUGCAUCGUCGAGAACCCGGUCGUUCGUGACGACGACGUUCGGCCUGUGUUUGAUGAACUGGGUCAGGUCAAGCUCCGACAUGCUGACCAGGAGAUUCGACUGGCUCAGGAUCCCUUUCCUCUUUACCCGGGGGAAGUAUUGAAGCAGACCGUCACUCCACUGAAAGUUGUCACAGCCAACACCGCUCUACGUCUCAGAGCUAUCCUUGAUUUCGAUGAUGAAGAAGCCGAUGAGAAGCACGUGGCCGGAGACGAGUGGCUGUUUGAAGGCCCCGGUACCUACAUUCCUCGCAAGGAGGUCGUGGUUGAAGAAACGAUCCGUGCAACAGUGAUAAAGGCGAAUCAGGCGAUCAAACUGAGAGCCAGAAAGGAAACGAAGGACAGACAAGGACACGAUCGUGUGACCGGCGAAGAGUGGCUCGUAAAGCAAAUAGGUGCCUACCUGCCAGGAGCCUACGAGGAAGUCGUCGACAUUGUGGAUGCGUAUGUGCUCACCGAGAAAGUUGCUCUUCACAUGCGUGCCUUGAAGACCUUCAGGGACAUCAAAGAUGAAACUCGCAAGACUGGUGAAGAGUGGCUGAUCUCGUUUGAGGAUACGGAUGCUCACAUUCCUGAUGUCUACGAAGAGGUGGUCGGCGUCGUGAAUAUAACAACACUGACCAAUCGUCAGUACUGUGUCAUUCUGGACCCGGUGGGUUCUGAUGGAAAGCCACAGCUCGGUCAGAAGAAAUUGGUGAAGGGUGAGAAGUCGUUCUUCCUGCAGCCGGGAGAGAGACUGGAGUGUGGCACUCAGAAUGUGUACGUGUUGGGCGAGGAUGAAGGAAUUAUUCUUAGGGCCACCGAGGCCUUUGAAGAUGCCGAAAGCAUGAAGGAGCGUCUUCCCGGCGAUCGAUGGAUGAUCAGAGGCCCAUCAGAAUACAUUCCUUCGGUCGAAGUCGAGGUAGUCACCAAACGCAAGGCAAUUCCAUUGGAUGAGAACGAAGGCGUGUAUGUCAGAGACACCAAAACGGGAAAAGUUCGUGCUGUUGUCGGUGCAACAUACAUGCUCACACAAGACGAAGAACUGUGGGCUAAGGAGUUGCCUCCUCCGGUCGAGAAACUUCUUCAGGAAGCACGGGACCCGCUGGCAGAUCGAAGUGAUCGUAGUGCUCCAAGUCACGCUCCUAGGCUGAGGGAAAAGACCAAGGUCGUUACGUUCCGAGUGCCUCACAAUGCUGCCGUGCAGAUCUACGAUUACAAGGAAAAGAAGGCACGCGUCGUGUUUGGUCCCGAUCUGGUCAUGCUCGGACCAGACGAGCAGUUCACACAGCUCAGUCUGUCAGGCGGCAAACCGAAGAAACCGAACGUGAUCAAGGCUCUCUGCUUGUUGCUCGGCCCCGACUUCUUCACCGACAUCAUCACCAUCGAAACGGCCGAUCACGCUCGAUUGCAGCUCCAGUUGUCAUACAAUUGGCACUUCGAUGUCCAAGGUAUGACCGUAGACGAGUCAUUCAAGCUUUUCUCGGUACCCGAUUUUACUGGUGAUGCCUGCAAGGCGAUUGCGUCUCGUGUUCGUGGGGCCGUCGCUCAAGUUCAGUUCGAUGAUUUUCAUAAGAAUUCUGCUCGAAUCAUUCGCACCUCUGUCUUCGGACUCGACGAUAACAACAAAGUCCGAGGCAGCUUCAAGUUUCCGGCAAACAGCUUGGUCAUCACCAGCAUUGAUAUCCAGUCGGUGGAGCCGGUUGAUCAGCGCACUCGCGAUGCAUUGCAAAAGUCUGUCCAGUUGGCGAUCGAAAUCACAACCAACUCGCAGGAGGCGACGGCUAAGCAUGAAGCCGAGCGUGUGGAGCAAGAGGCGAGAGGUAGACUUGAAAGGCAGAAGAUUCAGGACGAGGCCGAAGCCGAGAAAUCGAGAAAAAACCUUUUGGAGCUACAAGCAAACAGUGCUGCUGUUGAGUCGACUGGUCAAGCAAAAGCUGAGGCUCAGUCUCGUGCAGAAGCAGCCAAAAUAGAAGGCGAAGCGGCCGUGCAGCAAGCCAGGUUGAAAGCCGAAGCUUCUAAAAUCGAGGCGGAAUCUGAGCUUGAACGUUUGACGAGGGCGCGGGAGGCCGAAAUGAAGUAUGUUCGCGAGCAGAACGAAAUGGAAAUCUCGAAAUCUCGCGAUAUUGCGGGCAUCGAGACGGAAAAGUUCAAGUUGAUGGUUGAUGCUAUCGGUGCGGACACCAUCCGGGCCAUCGCCGUCUCCGGCCCCGAGACGCAAGUGAAAAUGCUGCAAGCUCUAGGAUUGAAAUCAACGCUGAUCACAGACGGCAGUUCGCCUAUCAAUCUGUUCAACACAGCUCACGGGCUGCUCGGCUCGGCUAUCAAGGCACCCGGCGACGAAUAGAUUGCUCGACUGAUUGUUUACCAUUUACAAUUUUUCAAUGAACUUGAAACUGCUAGCUGCUACAUUUCUAGGCUACACAAUACCUAACUAGCGACGGGUAUCAGUCAUCGACAGCACAAGUUGCUGAUUUCGAGCUGCAAUUCUGAUAUUCGUUGAGUUGUGGAUUAUCCAGA